AUGAAACCCAUAUUUUCUGAAAAACUUGUCCCUAUCAAUGUCUAUGUUAAUGAUGAUACGCCGAUCCUUCUCAAGUUACCUAUAACUGCAAAACUUACAGAAAUACGUGAAAUACUUUCUGAAAGGUAUCGCAUAAAAAUGGGACAAAAAACUUGUUUUCUAUGUUUACUUAAAGAUGGCUCGCCCAGAAUUCCAUGUUACGAGGAAACAGAUUAUUUUUUGAAAGAUAUUAUCGAUCUUAAUAAAAAUUUGAAAAUAAAAGGUGAAAUUGAGCCAGAGUGGAUAGAUAUUGCCGAAAAAAAUUCACUUGAAUGUGGGUUGUUUUUCACGGAUGAUGGGCCGAGUUAUGCAAGGAAGAGAGCAUUUAAAAUUGUGAAAUAUCCGGAAAAGAUAUUGCCAAAUCAAAUUACUAUAGAUGAAGAAUUGAAUUGUAAAACGGAAACAGACAAUUUUCGUGCAAAAAAUCUAUUCGUCACAGCAAAUUUAGAUGCAAACUUACCACAUAUACCAAUUCCUGCGAAUCUUGGUACUUCAUACCAUUCGAAAUCUGUCAAGCAUAGUAAUAACGUAAACUUAAAAACGUACCAGAAAUCAAUAAGAAUAAAAGCAAUAUUUUCAAUGACCAAAUCAGAAGUUGUGCCAACUGACGAAUUUGUUUCUGCAGUAGAUCUAGCACUCGAGAAAAAUUGCCGUGAAUCCAUUGAACAAGUCACAAAAGAAUUUGGUGAAUUUUGGUGUAAGAAAUUAGGGAUUGGUGGAAGCAUUUUAUAUUUUAAAAAGGGAGAAUCGAUUAUAGAUGAAACUAAAAAUGACAAAGAUUCUAGGAAUUAUAUUAAUUUUGGCAUUGGUGGAACAGUUGGGAAAUGUAAAGAAGUAAGCCGAAAAACUGAAGUAACUAGCGAAUAUUCUUGUUUUCAACGUCGUGGAGGUUUAGAAAUACUCUUACUUGAGCAAGGAAUUAGUGGAUGGAUUACGUCAUUAGAAGAUUAUAAAACAUGGGAGGUGGCCGCUUAUUCUGAUGAUAUCCAUUCAAUAUUUGAUAUCCUUGAUGACGAAAGAAGAAAAAAAGUAGCGGCAGCUUUGGGAAAACGAAUUAUUGAUUCGCAAGUUGUAAAACUGGACUUCAGCCUGGAUAUUUUUACACCGUAUCCAUAUAUAUAUAAAAUUCCAAAAAGAUAUGAUUUAUCGAAUUGUCAAAUUUUUGUUACAGAAAUGAAAGAUGACAACUCGAAUGCGAUAUUUGCUUCUCGAGUUCAUUAUAUUAUUAAUGAUAAUGAAAAUAUUAACGAUAAAAAACAACCUGUAAUACUAUUACAUCGACUUGGGUCAUUGAAUAAAACACGAAAAACUCAAUCAUUUUCAAUAAAGUUAGGCUGGAUCGUACUUGGAACAUCAACUAUGUUGAAUUUAUCCAACGAGCCGGUUUUUGAAAGCGGAGAAUCAGUGAAAGACGAGCCGGUUUUUGAAAGCGGAGAAUCAUCAAUCACAGUGAAAAACGAACAUUGUUCAGCGAUUAUUUGUUCAUAUGAGCAGGAUCCGAGCAAAGCGAUUGAUGGUUCAUAUAAGAAGGAUCCGAACAAAGGUCUAUUGGCUACUUUUGUUUCAAAGUCUAAAGAAGAUUAUGAGAUGUCCAAGUUUAUUAUGGGAUCGCAUUUUGUAUAUAAUAAGGAUGGUAUUAAAGUUUGUGCUUUUUGCUAUGAUCUAGAAGAAAGAAAACUAGUUUAUCAAUUGGAUAAAUUGAACACAGAGUUUUCGAUCAAUUAUAGUAUAAUAACCGGACAACAAAAUAAUAAAUUCGGUCAAGCACAAAUAAAGAGCGCUUCCGUUCGCAACCCAUUGAAUCAAAAAAAACGAUACAAAAUAUCCUUUGAAAACUAUAAGCACUUAACGUCACAACAUGAAAACGUUCAAUUUACUGCUACUUCGUCAACACAUUCAACGCAAUCAUGUUUGCAGAAUCCUAUUUUUGUUAACUUAAUUAUGAAUGAAUGCCCUAAAAAUGGAAAAUGUCCUCAUGGUGUCCUGAAUCCUACACCAAAGCACGCAGAAUUCAAGUCUUUAUACAGUGUGGAUAUGGAUAAUGGGAGCAUUGCAUAUUUCCGUGCUAAUUAA